UGCCGCAGGAAGGGUGCGGUGGGCGGAGUCGGGGCGGGUCAUGCGCAGCACGAGUGGAAGUGGCAGAAACUAAGUUGUGAGAAGUGUUUUGGGAGAGGAGGCUGAGAGUCCAGCGGCAGAAUGAGGGACCGGACCAAGGAGCUGAACCUGGGUGACAGCGACUCUGAGUCCGAUGAGCACAAAAUUUUCAUCCCGAUGACAAAUGGCGGCAGCGAUGAAUCCGAGACCGACAAGCAGUUCUUCCAGAUGACUCGUGAGAUCCGGGAAUCUAUGGCCGUCCUCAGCACCAAGGUGACGGAGCUGGAGGCCAGCCAGGUGAAGAUCCUCAGCCAGCCGCUCCCGGAGGAGAAUUUGAAGAAAGAUUUACAGUCUCUACGGGAGGAGAUCAAACGUUUAGCCAAGGAACUCCGCAGCAAGCUACAGCUCAUUGAGAUAAAGGACGAAGAUGAGGCGGUCCGGAGAUCGGUGCACCUGCGCAUGAAGAAGACUCAGCACUCUGUCCUCUCUCAGCAAUUUAUCGAAACCCUGAACCGAUGUAAUAUGGUGCAGACCCAAUACAGAGACAGCAACGUAAAGAGGAUCAAGCGGCAGCUCCAGAUCACUGGACACAACGUUACUGAUGAGCAGUUUGAUGAAAUGCUGGAGUCCGGACAGACGGACGUGUUCACCUGCAAUAUCCUGAAGGACACGCAGAUCACUAAACAGGCCCUGAAUGAAAUAGAAGCGCGGCACGAGGAGAUCCUGAAACUGGAGAAGAGCAUUUUGGAGCUUCACGACAUGUUCAUGUACAUGGCCAUGGAGGUUGAGGCGCAGGGGGAGACGAUAGACAGCAUCGAGAAGAACAUUUUACAUUCCACGGAUUAUGUCGAAAAAGCCAAGAAGCAGCUGGACCAGGCGGUGGACAACAGGAAGAAGUCGCGUAAGAAGAAGCUCUACAUCGCCAUCUGCGUGGUCAUCUUGCUCAUCAUCAUCGCCAUCAUCAUCGCAGUGUCCGUCACGGGUUGAAAGGAGAAGAGCUUAGGAGGAGCCCUGUGGCCCUCCCCUAUAUAUCUGUAUUAUACUGGAUGCCGUCCUGACCCCGUGGCCCCCGCUGAAACGACUUUGCUGAAUCCAGGACCCAGUGGGGCCGGGUAACUGAACUCGUGUGGUGGCCUAAUACCGACACUGUGUGCGUUUUCGAAGUGUGCCUUAUACUUUACUACUAUGGAUGUAAUUAUAGCGUUUGUGCGAGGGACGCAGCCGCGAAUCUCUGUGUUCUCUCAGGUUUGGGCGCCCCCUGCACAAUUUUGCCACAUAAUUGUGAUAUCUGUGGGCGACUUGCGUGAGUGCGUUCUCAGAAGGUCCAAUAACAAUGUAGGGAUCAUGUGUGGCCACACACUGUACAUGAGCGUCACGUGUGCGAGUCGAUGUCGGCUCUAUAGUCUCCAUAUAUCCGUGUAAUAUGUCUCCACAGAUGGGGCUUCAUCCACAAUAUUGCUGGGGCCAGAAUGCGGUGCUCUCUGCAUCCACACUACAUCUCGCACUUGUGCAGACACUGAACCAGCAGGGAGUUCAGAAUCUCCAGCAGAAUUGUGGAUGCAGCUCUGGACUGUCCCUGCUCCCUAAUACUCUCCACAGAGAGGAGAUUGCACUUUC